AUGAGAGUACUCUUAAAGUUCAGAACCACUGCCAGAUUAUUCAACUCUUCCAAAUCAACAACAAACACCUCGCCAGUUACCUCUGCUGUAGCUUCCGAAACCAAGUUUGAACCAAUUUGUGCACAAAAAGGACCGUACGUUGUUACUUUGGAGGAAGGAAAGAAAUAUGGUUGGUGUACAUGUGGACUCUCUGAGAAACAACCAUUUUGUGAUGGAAAACAUAAAGGAACUGGAAUGAAGUCCCUUAAAUUUGAAGCUACACCAGAGUUGUGUGAUAAGGAAGUUUAUCUUUGUGGAUGUAAACAAUCCAAAAAUCCACCAUUCUGCGAUGGUAGUCAUUCCAAUUUGUCCGAAUAA